AUGUCAGGCUGCGAGGCAGCUGGCGUGGCGUCGACCGCCGUGGCGACAGUCGCGAUGCCUUCGCGAGAGAAUGGCGACGACAUGGGCGAAGACCCGAAGCGCUUCGACUUCGGGUUCGCUUUCAACAACUCCGACUUUGCCGACCGCAUCGUGCAGCUUCGGAUUUGCCCUGACGAAGCCACAACCCCGCGUCGCUCCAGCAGCAGCGGAAGCUUCGGCGCUGCUUCCGGCGGCUCCCCGUCCCGCGGAGGCGGAAGCCCCGUUUCCCCGACCGCCGCCGCCGCUGCCGUAGCCGCCGCGUCUGCCGCCGGGAAUCUAGGAAAGCGAUGUUCUUCUAUCGGAGGGGGAGCGGGGGGGAUGGAGCGGGAGGGAGGCGGAAGCGAUUUCGCGGAUCUGAUGGACCUCUCGGGGGAAGGAGGCGAGGGGGAGGCGGAGGGGGAGGGGAGCGGGGGUGCGGGGGAUGGGGAGGGGGAAGGAGAGGGAAGGCGAGACGGGGAGGGGCAAGUGCGAAGGUACUCCUCUGAUGGCCGAGGGGGAGGGAGAGGCGCGAGCGGCGAGUUGUCGUUUCUUGCUGCUGUGAAUAAUCACUCCCAAGGUGCGUUUGAUGGCGUAGACACUAAAG